GAAGUUGGUUUUGUUUGGGGGGAGGUGUACGGUGGAUUUGCUACAGAAAUUUAUUAUUUUUUUAAUUAAUUAAACAAUUUCUUAUCUUCUAAUUCGCUGCUACUGAAUUGAUUAGGAAAUAUACAGUGAUCAUUGGCAUUUUAUGUUUUCAACUUUGUCUGUACCAAUUAGGACAAAUCGUUUUUCUCGAAUAACUCUUCCUCAAAGUGUGAUUGUGAAGUUUACAUGCCCUACGACCUUGGAGUUUGAUACUGUAAUGAAAAUUUAAAAAGCUUACAUUCAACGAGUAGAUAUGGCCGACGUAUCUACGGAAGAAGCUGGCACUUACUCCGACACGGUUAGGGAAGAUAUUGUGCAAACCGCCGUGAAGUUUUUAGAAAAUCGUAAUGUCGUCAGCACGCCUUUGGCUCAAAAGCAAAAGUUUCUCCAACGCAAGGGUCUAACCGACAAAGAAAUACAAGUUGCCUGCGAACGUGCCGGAGCUUACGUUUUACACGAGAAACAAACCAGAGAACCGCCCGCACUUCCUAUUCCAAUCCAGUCAAACGUUUACACUAGUCAAGUACAACCUAUUAGUUACUUCGAUAAGUUUAAAGAAAUUGUACAUAAUGUCGCGCUGCUUAGUGCAGUCGCCUACGCCAUUUACAUGUUUUAUAAGAAAUUUAUUAGGCCGUUCUUAUUCGGAGAGAAGAAGAAGAAAAAUUUGGAUGAACAAAUGGAAGAUUUGAGUAAAUCCGUUUCGCUGUCUAUAACCGAUUUAAAAAAUUCCGUAACCGAUGUUAAGAUUGAGGUAGAUAAAAUUUCACAAGGCGGCGAGUCCCCUAUGCAAAGACAAUUGCAUGAUUUGAAGUCGGAAAUAUCGACGGUUAAGGGACUUUUGCUUAGCAGAAAACAAUUUCCAUCAGUGUCGAAUAACUCCGUAGUACCCCCUUCCAUACCGGCUUGGCAACUAUCAAGCGUACCACCCGAUCCAGAUCCGGACACAAUCGACGCCAAAUCUGACGAUUUAAUGGAAAUCGGAUCUGGUUCUAGUUCGUCCGAACACGAACACGCAACAAAGAAUAGUGAGAGCAGCUUAGAAAUUGUGGACAAUUAAAUAAUUUUUUUCUCUGCUUUUGUUUUUAUUUAUUGUAAAAAUACGUGCAUUUUUUGUUGAUGGAAAACUUUGCUUUGUUAUUCAAAAUACAAUUUAAUUUUGUUGUA